AUGCGAGUCCUACCCAGUGGGCAGCGAGUCCUGCCUUCCUUCUUCAUUGUUUUUCUGCUCGUCCUUACAAUCGCUGUUCAAGUCUCUGCGGCACCCGCAGCAGAUACCACUACCGACGCCCAGACCACCGCCGAUCCCUCGACAACUGAUAGCACCCCUAGCGUGAGCGAGAGCACCACUUCCACCGAGAGCACUUCGACGACCACUUCGGACAAAACCACCUCCACCACGACGUCCUCAACUUCGACGUCCUCAACUUCGACGUCCUCAACUUCGACGUCCUCGACAUCCACGACCACCAUGUCUACUACUUCCAUUACCACGUCAGACACAUCUACCUCCACCUCCUCGGACACCACCACAUCCUCCGUUUCCACAACAACGACAUCAACGUCCUCAUCCUCCACAUCAACAGGCGGCGCGAUCGUGACAAUUCCACCUACCGCAAAUGCGCCGUACAUGCAGACAUCAAACACUCCAGAGGGUACAGUAUUCAUCGCCGUCGGCGCCAUCCUUGGCUUAAUCGGCCUUGCCGUUCUCGCCUGGCGGGGAAUGGUCGCAUGGUCCGUGAACCGCUCAGUGCGUCGCGCAGCUCUCGCCCACUCCUCUGAGAACAAACGCCUUAUGCGCGGAAGUCGCAAGAAGCGUGGAACAACCGUAUACACCGCUGCGCCAGCCGGAGACGUCUCACUAGAGAAAUUGGGCGCCGCCACUCGCGCAAGCGUCAGGCCGAACCGUCGAGUUCCCAGCUCAAACAGCGGGCUAUUCUUUUCGCCCACUGCCGGCGGUGCUGGAUCUCACAAUAGUAUCAAUGCGACUGGGAAUCGCGCUUCGACUUACCUCCCCUCUGGAUACUAUGCCGCCGCCGGUAGUUCCACUCCCGUUAGAGAUGCGUCAGGCUCGCACCCUGAUAUUAGCUCUCCUUCUCUGCCAAAUAUCGGCACCUAUGAUACCCCGCAUAAUCAACGCGGCUCAUACGUAGGUGGUUCCACCAGCUCGCUGAACCUCAGUCAGACGCCGCAGGGCCGCGCGCCGAGUGCGUAUCUGGAAGAUCUGUUCGAGAAUCACCCGCCUCCCAAUAACUCCGGCAGGCGUCAUCACCGAUAA